AUGUCUUCAGAAUCUAUAAAUCAUUUGCGCUUAGGCAAUCAGAAAUGUUUACUUACCGACUUAGUCAGAAUCUUUGACAAUAUCCGAGUACUAGCAAGACUUUGGAGCCUUCAAACUCCAAGCUCGCAUAUAACACUAUGGAAGCCUCAUGAAACACCAAACUCUCAUAUAAAUAGUUCUUCGACAACUUUCAGAACGCAUGAAGUUAACAUUAUGAAGUACGACUUAGAGGAAGCUAGUGGGAAUUCCUCGUCAUCUACCUGCCAAACUAUAUGCUACAAGAAGGAAGAAACUACCUAUGGUCCUUCAGCUCAGACAGCAGAGUCCACGAGAAGUGUAACUGCGAACAGCCAACAGACCUCGCCCGAGGGACACUCCCGCCAAAACUUGCUUCAUGAAGACUCUAGGCCUGCGAUAGCCCCCCAGGUGUUUGCAGUCCUGGUUGUGGCAACCAUUAAAUUAGCUGUCGGUGUGAUAAUGGGAUUUUCAGGGAUCACGCUGCCACUGAUGACGGAUCCGGAAACACACGACCUCUUCCUGAACUCGUCAGAAGCAACUCUCUUUGGAAGCCUCGUGAACCUGGGAGGUACUAUUGGGUUUGUUGUGUGUGGACCUCUGUUGGUGAACCUUGGUCGACGACUGACCCUCCUCCUGACCCUACCCUUCCUCGUGGCUUCCUGGCUCGCACUCGCUCUCUCCGACAGUGUUUGGCUGCUCCUGACAAGUCGGACCAUCCUGGGUGUUAUUAUGAGCAUCCUGGACUCUGGUACAGGUCUAUACAUCGCCGAAAUCGCUCACAAGAACGUACGUGGAACUCUCGCUGGAGCUACUGCACUUGCUAAACAAAGUGGUAGUUUAAUGGCAGCUGCCCUAGGAAUUUCGAAGCUCGAUUGGCGACAAAUGGGCUUGGUUUACUGCGGUUUAUCUGCAAUUCCUUUCUUCGGCCUCCUCCUCUUGCCGAACUCCCCCCGCUGGCUUGUUUCUCAGGGCCGCGUUACUGAAGCUCGGAAAGCUCUUAACUUUUUCAGAGGUAAGCAUUAUGACUCUGAAGAAGAGUUAAAAGGCAUCACACAACACGCUGGAGAAUCUAGGAGGGGUGACAGCUCUUGGCAGCAAGCACGGCUAAUCUUAGAACCAGCAACUCUACGCACGUUCUGUUUAGUGGCAGUUUUAUUUCUCUUGAUGUCAUUGAAUGGAAGUUUUGCUAUGACAACAUAUUUAGUGCCUAUCUUCCAAUCGACGGAAAUCAGCUUAGAUCCAUACAUCACUGCCAUAAUAUUUGGCUCCUUCAAGGUCCUUGGAGCGUUUAUUCACCUCUGUAUAAUUGACCGAGUGGGACGUAAGCCCAUAUUAAUACUGUCUUAUUCUGUAUGUUCUUUGUGUAUGGCUGCUUAUGGUGUAUACUUGUACAUAAAGGAGUCCCGGAAUGUUGAUAACAUUUGGUGGCUCCCACUUGCUGCAGUAUUUAUAUACAUUUUAUUUAUCGGUAUUGGACAACCGGUUUUUGCAGUAUUAAGUAAUGAACUAUUUUCUACAUCGUGUCGAUCUAUUACUGAUUCAUUAAUAGGUUUAGUAAUGAUGUUCGGAAUGUUUGUAGGAUCCCAAACGUUUCCAAUGACAGUAGAAGCACUGGGAGAACAUGGAAUGUUUUGGAUCUUCAGUGGUGUGUGCGCAACAUUAACCAUUGUCAGCGCUGUUGCUCUGUCAGAGACACGGGGGCGCUCCCUGGAGGAGAUCACAAGCAACCAGGCUUCGAACCCCAGAGGUCACAGUAACACUUUACCUCUUUAA